GCUAGAGUUUGAUUUAUAGCAAGGAAUUUGUUCAUUGGGGUUUUUGUUCAUCGGCUCACCCUUAGGCAUUUGACCAACACUGAAGACACAAUAUGAUCCUCAUUUUGGAUGAAAAACAACAAUUUAUUUUUCACUUGUCUCUUGGCCUGUUGAGUUUGCUGCAGUUUACAGAAUGUGAAAAAAUUAGGCUGGUCGGACCUUCGCGUUGCUCUGGCAGAGUGGAGGUCUUCUACCAAGACAGUUGGGGAACUGUCUGUGAUGAUGAGUGGAGCAUGGCCAAUGCUGAGGUGGUGUGUCGAGAGCUAAACUGUGGGACAGCUAUGGAGGCCAAAAACGAUGCUUUCUUUGGACGUGGAAAGGAUGAGAUCUGGUUGGAUGAUGUACAGUGUGUUGGGAAUGAGUCUUCCAUCCUUCAGUGUCAGCACAAACCAUUUGGGAAAAAUAACUGUGGCCACAGUGAAGAUGCAGGAGUGGUCUGUUCAGGACAUGUGCGGCUUGUCAAUGGAACUCGUUGCAAUGGCAGAGUAGAAAUUUACCACGAAGCUCAGUGGAAACGAGUUUGCAGUGAUUUGGGCAAACAAGCAGCUCAUGUUGUGUGCCAAGAAGCUGGUUGUGGCGAUCCACCCACUCAGACUGAGACAUUGUAUUUUGGAGAUGCACGUGCCCUGCCUGCAAUCAAAACCAUCUGCUCUGGAAAUGAGACCUCUGUCUCACAGUGCUCACUUCUAAAAGUCAAUGAAAGUUGUGAUGAUGCUACUGUUGUCUGUGGAAACAGUCAACCCAUUCGGCUGGUGAAUGGGACUAAUCGCUGCUCUGGUAGAGUGGAAAUCUACUAUAGUUCACAAUGGGGAACAGUCUGUGAUGAUAGAUGGGGAAUGCAAGAAGCAACUGUCGCAUGUCGAGAGAUGAACUGUGGGAAUGCUCUCUCAGUCAAAUAUAAGACUUACUUUGGGAGAGGUCAAGAUCAGAUUUGGCUGGAUAAGAUGGAGUGCACUGGUCAUGAGAUGUUUCUUGCUGACUGCCCUCACAAAGGUUUUGGAGUAUAUGACUGUAACCACAGUGAAUAUGCUGGUCUCGUGUGCUCAGAGACAGUCAGAUUGAUCAAUGGAACUGACAGCUGUUCUGGCAGAGUGGAGGUUUUCCAUGAUGGCCGAUGGGGGAAACUUUGUAGUAAUAACUGGGGCCUUAAAGAAGCUGCAGUCCUAUGUAAGGAGCUCAACUGUGGAGAUCCAAAAAAUUCCAAGGACAUCUUUUACUUUGGUGACAGCUCACUGCAAGGGUUCACAAGUAGAUGCUCUGAUAAUGUGAACUCUAUCAGCCAGUGUCAACUGCAAGAACACAGAGGGUCAUGUGAAGGUGUUUCUCUUGUAUGUUCAGGUAAUGCGAGAUUAACCGGUGGAUCCACUCAUUGUGAUGGAAGAGUAGAGUAUUUCAAUAAAGGCCAGUGGGGGACUGUGUGUGCUGAAUCCUGGGACAUGAAUGAUGCAACAGUGGUGUGCAGACAGUUGGACUGUGGGAAGCCUCAUAAGCUUAUUCAGCUUGGUCCUGGUACAGGAAACAUCUGGACUGAUCAAAUUAAUUGCAAUGGAGAAGAGUCUACAUUGACUCAGUGUCCAAUAGAACCAUCUCAUUGCAACAACACUGUAGUGGCUGGUGUUUUCUGCACAGAAAGCUUGGCGGUCCGCUUGGUUAACAGUAAUGAUGAGUGCUCUGGAAGAGUGGAGGUUCGUCAUGAUGACCAGUGGCACACAGUGUGUGACACGGACUGGACUCUAAGUAAAGCUGGAGUGGUGUGUGAGUCGCUGCAGUGUGGACGUGCCGUGAAAGCUCAUGGUGGUGCUGUUUUUGGCCGUGGCAGUGGGUCAGUGGUGGAGGCUAGCAAUUCAUGUUUCGGCAAUGUGACAUCUCUUCAGCAAUGCUCAGUCGAAGGUUUUACAAGAGCAACCUGCGGGCAUGAAUAUGAUGCUGGUGUUCUCUGUGCAGGUAAACCACCAAUAAGGCUUGUGAACGGCAUUGACCGAUGCUCUGGCCGAGUGGAGAUUCUGCAUGACGGCUGGUGGGGAACAGUGUGUGAUGAUGACUGGGACUUCAGAGAGGCUGAGGUGGUGUGCAGAGCCAUGGACUGUGGAACACCUCAGAGAGCAAAAUCUAAUGCCUUCUUUGGUGAAGGCCAAGGAGUGGUCUGGUAUUCUUCUGUCAACUGUUUGGGUAAUGAGACGUCCCUUGGGCACUGCAGGUAUCGCCCCUCUGGAAGAUUUUCGUGCAGACACAGGGAAGAUGCAGGAGUGAUUUGUUCAGCUACCAUUCGACUCAUCAAUGGGACUGACAUGUGCUCAGGAAGGGUGGAGGUCCACUAUGGUGAACACUGGUCACCAGCAUUUAAUAUUAACUGGGGAAUGAAUGAAGCCACAGUGGUGUGCAGAGAGAUAAAUUGUGGAGAUCCUGUCAAGAUUUCAAGGCCAUUUGGUCAAGGUGAAGAUCUGAGAGGACAUGAGAUCCACUGUAAUGGUAGAGAGAGCUCUGUCACACAGUGCACAUUUAGGAACUAUACCAGAUCUAUCACCGAAGGUAUUGAAGAGGCCUCUGUGGUAUGCUCAGGUAAUGUGAGAUUAGCCGGUGGAUCCACUCGUUGUGAUGGAAGAGUAGAGUAUUUCAAUAAAGGCCAGUGGGGGACUGUGUGUGCUGAAUCCUGGGACAUCGAUGAUGCAACAGUGGUGUGCAGACAGUUGGACUGUGGGAGGCCCCAUAAGCUUCUUCAGCUUGGCCCUGGUACAGGACAGACCUGGACAGAUCAAAUUGAAUGCAAUGGAAAAGAGUCUACAUUGAAUCAGUGUCAACAAAGACCAUAUCCAUAUCCAGACAGGACUUGCAACAACACUGUAGUGGCUGGUGUUUUCUGCACAGAAAGCUUGGCGGUGCGCUUGGUUAACAGUAAUGAUGAGUGCUCUGGAAGAGUGGAGGUUCGUCAUGAUGACCAGUGGCACACAGUGUGUGACACGGACUGGACUCUAAGUAAAGCUGGAGUGGUGUGUGAGUCGCUGCAGUGUGGACGUGCCGUGAAAGCUCAUGGUGGUGCUGUUUUUGGCCGUGGCAGUGGGUCAGUGGUGGAGGCUAGCAAUUCAUGUUUCGGCAAUGUGACAUCUCUUCAGCAAUGCUCAGUCAAAGAUUUUACAAGAGCAACCUGCGGGCAUGAAUAUGAUGCUGGUGUUCUCUGUGCAGGUAAACCACCAAUAAGGCUUGUGAACGGCAUUGACCGAUGCUCUGGCCGAGUGGAGAUUCUGCAUGACGGCUGGUGGGGAACAGUGUGUGAUGAUGACUGGGACUUCAGAGAGGCUGAGGUGGUGUGCAGAGCCAUGGACUGUGGAACACCUCAGAGAGCAAAAUCUAAGGCCUUCUUUGGUGAAGGCCAAGGAGUGAUCUGGUAUUCUUCUGUCAACUGUUUGGGUAAUGAGACGUCCCUUGGGCACUGCAGGUACCGCCCCUCUGGAAGAUUUUCGUGCAGACACAGGGAAGAUGCAGGAGUGAUUUGUUCAGCUACCAUUCGACUCAUCAAUGGGACUGACAUGUGCUCAGGAAGGGUGGAGGUCCACUACGGUGAACACUGGUCACCAGCAUUUAAUAUUAACUGGGGAAUGAAUGAAGCCACAGUGGUGUGCAGAGAGAUAAAUUGUGGAGAUCCUGUCAAGAUUUCAAGGUCAUUUGGUCAAGGUGAAGAUCUGAGAGGACAUGAGAUCCACUGUAAUGGUAGAGAGAGCUCUGUCACACAGUGUACAUUUAGGAACUAUACCAGAUCUAUCACCGAUGGUAUUGAAGAGGCCUCUGUGGUAUGCUCAGGUAAUGUGAGAUUAGCCGGUGGAUCCACUCGUUGUGAUGGAAGAGUAGAGUAUUUCAAUAAAGGCCAGUGGGGGACUGUGUGUGCUGAAUCCUGGGACAUCGAUGAUGCAACAGUGGUGUGCAGACAGUUGGACUGUGGGAGGCCCCAUAAGCUUCUUCAGCUUGGCCCUGGUACAGGACAGACCUGGACAAAUCAAAUUGAAUGCAAUGGAAAAGAGUCUACAUUGAAUCAGUGUCAACAAAGACCAUAUCCAUAUCCAGACAGGACUUGCAACAACAUUGUAGUGGCUGGUGUUUUCUGCACAGAAAGCUUGGCGGUGCGCUUGGUUAACAGUAAUGAUGAGUGCUCUGGAAGAGUGGAGGUUCGUCAUGAUGACCAGUGGCACACAGUGUGUGACAUGGACUGGACUCUAAGUAAAGCUGGAGUAGUGUGUGAGUCGCUGCAGUGUGGACGUGCCGUGAAAGCUCAUGGUGGUGCUGUUUUUGGCCGUGGCAGUGGGUCAGUGGUGGAGGCUAGCAAUUCAUGUUUCGGCAAUGUGACAUCUCUUCAGCAAUGCUCAGUCAAAGAUUUUACAAGAGCAACCUGCGGGCAUGAAUAUGAUGCUGGUGUUCUCUGUGCAGGUAAACCACCAAUAAGGCUUGUGAACGGCAUUGACCGAUGCUCUGGCCGAGUGGAGAUUCUGCAUGAUGGCCGGUGGGGAACAGUGUGUGAUGAUGACUGGGACUUAAAAGAUGCUGCGGUGGUGUGCAGAGCCAUGGACUGUGGAACACCUCAGAGAGCAAAAUCUAAUGCCUUCUUUGGUGAAGGCCAAGGAGUGGUCUGGUAUUCUUCUGUCAACUGUUUGGGUAAUGAGACGUCCCUUGGGCACUGCAGGUAUCGCCCCUCUGAAAGCUUUUAUUGCAGCCACCGUGAAGAUGCAGGAGUGAUUUGUUCAGCUACCAUUCGACUCAUCAAUGGGACUGACAUGUGCUCAGGAAGGGUGGAGGUCCACUAUGGUGAACACUGGUCACCAGCAUUUAAUAUUAACUGGGGAAUGAAUGAAGCUACAGUGGUGUGCAGAGAGAUAAAUUGCGGAGAUCCUGUCAAGAUUUCAAGGUCAUUUGGUCAAAUUGAAGAUUUGAGAGGACAUGAGAUCCACUGUAAUGGUAGAGAGAGCUCUGUCACACAGUGUACAUUUAGGAACUAUACCAGAUCUAUCACCGAUGGUAUUGAAGAGGCCUCUGUGGUAUGCUCAGGUAAUGUGAGAUUAGCCGGUGGAUCCACUCGUUGUGAUGGAAGAGUAGAGUAUUUCAAUAAAGGCCAGUGGGGGACUGUGUGUGCUGAAUCCUGGGACAUGAAUGAUGCAGCAGUGGUGUGCAGACAGUUGGACUGUGGGAGGCCCCAUAAGCUUCUUCAGCUUGGCCCUGGUACAGGACAGACCUGGACAGAUCAAAUUGAAUGCAAUGGAAAAGAGUCUACAUUGAAUCAGUGUCAACAAAGACCAUAUCCAUAUCGAGACAGGACUUGCAACAACACUGUAGUGGCUGGUGUUUUCUGCACAGAAAGCUUGGCGGUGCGCUUGGUUAACAGUAAUGAUGAGUGCUCUGGAAGAGUGGAGGUUCGUCAUGAUGACCAGUGGCACACAGUGUGUGACACGGACUGGACUCUAAGUAAAGCUGGAGUGGUGUGUGAGUCGCUGCAGUGUGGACGUGCCGUGAAAGCUCAUGGUGGUGCUGUUUUUGGCCGUGGCAGUGGGUCAGUGGUGGAGGCUAGCAAUUCAUGUUUCGGCAAUGUGACAUCUCUUCAGCAAUGCUCAGUCGAAGGUUUUACAAGAGCAACCUGCGGGCAUGAAUAUGAUGCUGGUGUUCUCUGUGCAGGUAAACCACCAAUAAGGCUUGUGAACGGCAUUGACCGAUGCUCUGGCCGAGUGGAGAUUCUGCAUGACGGCCGGUGGGGAACAGUGUGUGAUGAUGGCUGGGACUUCAGAGAGGCUGAGGUGGUGUGCAGAGCCAUGGACUGUGGAACACCUCAGAGAGCAAAAUCUAAGGCCUUCUUUGGUGAAGGCCAAGGAGUGAUCUGGUAUUCUUCUGUCAACUGUUUGGGUAAUGAGACGUCCCUUGGGCACUGCAGGUAUCGCCCCUCUGAAAGAUUUUCGUGCAGCCACCGUGAAGAUGCAGGAGUGAUUUGUUCAGCUACCAUUCGACUCAUCAAUGGGACUGACAUGUGCUCAGGAAGGGUGGAGGUCCACUAUGGUGAACACUGGUCACCAGCAUUUAAUAUUAACUGGGGAAUGAAUGAAGCCACAGUGGUGUGCAGAGAGAUAAAUUGUGGAGAUCCUGUCAAGAUUUCAAGGCCAUUUGGUCAAGGUGAAGAUCUGAGAGGACAUGAGAUCCACUGUAAUGGUAGAGAGAGCUCUGUCACACAGUGCACAUUUAGGAACUAUACCAGAUCUAUCACCGAAGGUAUUGAAGAGGCCUCUGUGGUAUGCUCAGGUAAUGUGAGAUUAGCCGGUGGAUCCACUCGUUGUGAUGGAAGAGUAGAGUAUUUCAAUAAAGGCCAGUGGGGGACUGUGUGUGCUGAAUUCUGGGACAUCAAUGAUGCAGCAGUGGUGUGCAGACAGUUGGACUGUGGGAGGCCCCAUAAGCUUCUUCAGCUUGGCCCUGGUACAGGACAGACCUGGACAAAUCAAAUUGAAUGCAAUGGAAAAGAGUCUACAUUGAAUCAGUGUCAACAAAGACCAUAUCCAUAUCGAGACAGGACUUGCAACAACACUGUAGUGGCUGGUGUUUUCUGCACAGGAAGCUUGACUGUCCGGUUGGUUAACGGUACUCAUAAGUGCUCUGGAAGAGUGGAAGUUCGUCAUGAUUCCCAGUGGCACACAGUGUGUGACACGGACUGGACUCUAAGUAAAGCUGGAGUGGUGUGCGAGACUCUGGAGUGUGGACGUUCCAUGAAUGCUCCUGGUGCUGCUUUUUACGGCCCAGGCAGUGGACCAGUGGUGGAGGCUAGCUCUUCAUGCUUUGAGACUGUGACUUCUAUUCAGCAAUGCUCGGGCAAAGGUUUUACAAGAGCAACCUGCGGGCAUGAACAUGAUGCUGGUGUUUUCUGUGCAGAACAAGUCCGGUUGGUGGGUGGCUCAGGUGAAUGCUCCGGCAGAGUGGAGGUCUUCUAUAAAGGACAGUGGGGAACUGUGUGUGAUGACUUUUGGGAAAUGAGAGAUGCUGAUGUGGUAUGCAGACAGCUUGGAUGCGGUCAUGCCAUUUCAGCACCUGAAAGUGCUCAUUUUGGUAGAGGCACUGGCCCUAUAUGGCUGGAUAACGUAGCAUGCUCAGGCCAAGAGUCUGCACUUUCACACUGUUCACAUCCUGGUUUUGGACAAAAUAACUGUGAGCAUAAUGAAGAUGCCAGUGUUAUCUGCUUAGAAGCCUGAAAUCACAAUGAACCCUGCUCCAGAGGUAAACUGGAGUGACGGAAAUGAAAUUAUCUACAUUAUAAUAAGAGAACACAUGUGUUUGAUAUUUCUCCCAUAAAUUCUCAGAUCACAAAUCUUCAUCUUCCCUAAAGUAGAUAUUAGGUCAUACUGCUGUGAAUAUCAAAAGAAAAUGGAAAUGGAAAUCCUCAUGGAAAUGCUUCUGACUUAUAUUGACUAUAAGUCGAUAUAAGUACUAUAAGUACUAUAUACUAUAUUGACUAUAGAUCAGUAACUUUGUGCUUUGUUUGCUCAGUUUUGUAUAAUUGUUGAUAAAUUUAACUAUUUCUGAUAUACAUACCAUGAUAAACAACUUUUUUGCCUUACUGGAAAGGCCCAGCAUCUCCCUGGUGUCACCUAGUACAAUGGUGAUCUAAAGUUGACACAAUAUCAGUCACUUGAGGCAGCACCUUCACUUGCCUCUGUUCAUUUCAUACCUGUGAGUUCUGUACAAUAGAAUAUGACACCAAGGAGAGCAGAUCUCUCUCUACAGUGUUAGCAUCUCCAAAAAGUCCUUCUGUUCUUUUUCAGUUAGGACCCUCUAUAUCGCUGCAAUAUAAGCCAUUUAUUAUAGACCUUAGGGUGACUUUUGUGAUCUGGCAUUAUAAAAAUAAAAUGUAAUUGAAUUACA